AUGGUGUACCCAUGGACAGCGCAGAAUAUGUCCAGCUGGACGACUGCGACGCGCCCGAACAUGUUUCUAUGUUUGCUGUUGUCGUCGUUUAACGUAUGGUUCGUUUCCGCAGCUGAAAGCAUUCCACCAUUCAACAUUCAAAAUGCUGAACUAGUGGAAAUGUCGAAGAAACUUCGAGACGCUGACGAAAAUAAAGCUGAACCUGGUCAAAUUUACAUUAGUUAUCAAGCGCACACAAACACCAGAGAUUCUGAAGAUAAUGCUAGACGAGAUUUCUUCACAAAAGUCGAUCCACAACUUCUGAGAAAGAAAAGUUUUAGUCAAUUUCUUGAUCUCACAAAUAACUUCGUACGAGAAGCGGGGAUCUCCGAGCCACGAGUUCCGAUUUCAGAGGAGAAGAAAGAAACCUCUGCAUUCCUCACAACCGUGCUCGCAUCGAAGCCAUGGAAACUACUGUAUGAAUUUCUAAGACAGAAAAAACAUCCCUUCGCAAAAGAUCCAAUAACAUUCCGUUAUUGGAUUGCACAAUUGUGGUUCGUGCACUAUUCACGUGCUCGAGGACGAGCUGACACAUCAGGAUUUGAGCAUGUUUUCAUUGGAGAGGAAAAAAACCACGAGAUUUCUGGUCUACAUAACUGGAUUCGUUUCUAUCAGCUCGAGAAGAAUGCAACUGAGAAUUUCGACUAUAAAGGAUUUGUCAUAAAACGAGGAAACAUCAUGGCUUCUCUUAAAUUCACAUGGAAAGGUGAUUUGAAGAGAUCCGGUUCUGUUCUGAUUGGAACGUCUCCUGAAUUUGACAUGGCCUUGUACACAUUGUGCUUCUUAUCGAGAAGAGGACGACAACAAUGUCAGGUUGAGAUUGACGGCUGCCCACUAUCAAUCACCAGCUAUGACCUCGUUCAGAAUAAUAAGGUGUUUAUUGGUUCGAUAUUCCCUACCGCCGGCCCUAUUACUGAUCAAUGUCGGAGAACAGCUGGAAGACUUGUGUAG